GCCCUGUAGAGUCUUAAAGUGCUUAUUUUUACAAAGUUAGUGUAAAAAAGCACCCGGUCCACCAGGGCAAAAUGGGCGACAGGGACAAGACAAUGUAUGGCACCAACCUCUCGCUGGAGUCGAUGAAGGUGAUUGCGGAGAGCAUCGGGGUCGGCAGCCUUCCGGACGACGCCGCGAAAGAGUUGGCGGACGACGUGUCGUUCAAGCUGAAGCAGAUCGUACAGGAUGCCGCCAAGUUUAUGCACCACUCGAAGCGCAUGAAACUAUCCAUCGCCGAUAUCGACCACUCGCUGAAAGUGCGUAACAUCGAGCCGCAGUACGGUUUCGUGAAUCCCGACUUUAUCCCAUUCCGCUUUGCUUCCGGCGGUGGCCGUGAGCUGCAUUUCGUCGAGGAAAAGGAAAUCGAUCUGGUCGAUAUGACGCAAGGGCAGCCGCCAAAGAUCCCGCUCGAUACGACCAUGCGAGCGCAUUGGCUGGCGGUCGAUGGUGUGCAGCCGACCGUGCCCGAAAAUCCACCCCCGUUGUCGAAGGACGUGCAGGCAUUGGACUCGGUCAAUCCGGCGCACAAGCUGGACAAAACACACCUGAAGGAUACUACCGGUAAACCGACCAUUAAUAAGCACAAAUUGAAAAACUCCGAAACGGUACAAAUCAAACAGCUGGCGCAGCAUGAACUGUCCGUCGAGCAGCAAUUGUACUACAAGGAGAUUACGGAAGCGUGCGUGGGCUCCGAUGAGGCACGUCGCGCUGAAGCUCUCACAUCACUGUCCAGCGAUCCGGGUCUGCAUGAAAUGCUUCCUCGAAUGUGCACUUUCAUAGCGGAGGGAGUGAAAGUAAACGUUGUGCAAAACAACCUUGCGUUGUUGAUCUAUCUUAUGCGAAUGGUCCGCGCACUCUUGGACAAUCCCGCGCUCUAUCUGGAAAAAUACCUACACGAAUUGAUUCCUUGCGUUUCAACCUGCAUCGUUUCGCGCCAACUUUGCAUGCGCCCGGAGCUGGACAACCACUGGGCACUGCGUGAUUUUGCCGCUCGACUGAUGGCACAAAUUUGCAAAACCUUCAACACCUCUACCAAUAAUCUGCAGACGCGUGUUACGCGCCUGUUCAGUGCAGCCUUGACGAACGACAAAACCCCACUUUCGUCAAUGUACGGUGCCCUCGAAGGCCUUUCUGAGCUGGGUACGGAAGUGAUCAAGGUGUUUAUCAUUCCAAGAUUAAAAUUCAUCUCCGAGCGCGUGGAACCACUGCUGCAAGGCACGACGAGCACCAUCAGCAACACGGAUAAGAUUGCCGCCGGACACAUUCGGGCGAUGCUGCAAAAAGCCGUCCCGUCCAUACUGAAAACGCUACGAAAUCCGCCCGAUUUGGUGGAAGAGUACAAGCGGGACUACGGUUGCUUAGGGCAAACACUUCACCAGGGCGUAGUAAAGGCUCGUUCCGCUUCCCCAUCAUCCGGUGCGUCUGGCAGUAGUGGUUCCACAGGAGGCAGUGGUGGAGCAUCUACCUCCAGUUCCGGCGGGCCGAACACGAUUACCGUGCCAUCGAAUGUAGGUGGUGGAAACACGGUCGUUCUAACGGCGCCACCUUCACGUCCACAAACUCCUCAAAUAUCAUCGGCAGCGGCCGCAAAAACGAUAACCGCCACGGCCUCGAUACAACGACAGAUGUCCCACGGUGGAACUUCGUCGCAGUCGCAACAGAAGUUUGUCAUCGUACCGCAACGUACGCAAACACCUUCCCCCUCCCAAGACGAUUUUGUAGGUCCAAUCAUACAACGAUCUCCGGGCGCAUCCGUUUCGUCCAUCAAAAUCGAACCAAACCUCAUCUCGGGAAGCACCGUAACAACGGUCGGUGCUACCGCCGGACUGGGUCAAAAGGUGCUAGUCGUGAACCAGCCGCACUCUGGACCGGCAGCAAAUCUGAUCCCCAAAACGGCAUUCCUGGGCACCGGCGGUAGCGAUAGCAGUGGCGAUCCAACGCAAGCCCCACCGGAACUGGACGAUCUUUCGCACUUAGCGUAAGGCUUGCCGGGCGGAAUGCAGACAAAUCGUGGGAAAGAUAAAUAUAUUUUUAAAUGAAAUAGUAGAUUUCAAAGAUGUGCAA